AUGCCCCCCAAAAAGGCCGCGAAGCGAAAGUCGGCCUCUCCGCCCGAGGCAAACGGCGCCGGCAGCAGCAACAACAAACGCACCAAGACAAGCAAGGACCUGCGCCAGCCGCACCCCUUCGCUGACGAGGCCGAGAAGCACGGCAUCGUGCUGCGCAAGUACUACCCGCCCGAGAUGAGCAACGCCCGCGCGCGCGCCUACAACGCCGACGAGAUCCCGCGCCCCAUCGAGGACCUCGUCGCCGCCCUCGAGGAGACGGCUGGCGCGCGCAAGGACCUGCCCGUCAAGGACGCCGUCGUGCACUGGUUCAAGAUGGACCUGCGCUGCGCGGACAACAGGGCUCUCGCGCUGGCGGGCGAAAAGGCAAAAGAGGCGGGCGUGCCGCUCAUUUGUCUGUACGUCGUCAGCCCGCAGGACUACGAGGCGCAUCUGAGGUCGCCCGUCAGGGUCGACUUUAUGCUGCGCACGCUGCAGGUGCUGCAGGAGGACCUCGCCAAGCUGGACAUUCCGCUGUAUGUCGAGACGGUGGAGAGGAGGAAGAAGGUCCCGGAUCGCAUCCUCGAGCUCAUGGAGGAAUGGGGUGCGAGCCAUCUCUUCGCCAACAUGGAGUACGAGGUCGACGAGCUGCGCCGGGAGGCUCACAUGGUGCACGACCUGUCUGAGAAUGGCAAGGCUUUUGAGGUCGUGCACGACAGCUGUGUCGUCCCGCCCGGCCAGCUUCACAGCGGCUCAGGGAACCAGUAUGCCGUCUACUCGCCCUGGUUUCGAUCGUGGGUUGCUCACAUCCACGACAAUCUCGACCUGUUGGAGCUCUACGAUCCGCCGAGCAAGAACCCGGAUAGCGCGCGGAAAAAGUUCAAGAAGCUUUUCGACUUCAAGGUGCCGGAUGCACCCAAGAACAAGCAGCUGAGCCAGGAGGAGAAGAAGCGAUUUCGCGCGCUGUGGCCGUGUGGAGAGCACGCUGCCACCGACAGGCUCGCCAAGUUUUGCGAGGAAAAGAUUGGCAAGUACAAGGAGAAGAGAAACAUUCCGGCCGAUGAUGGGACCUCGAGUCUGUCGGUGCACCUGUCGAGCGGCACAAUCAGCGCGAGGACGUGUGUCCGGACGGCGCGGGACAGGAACAAGACCAAGAAACUAGAUGGAGGAAUCGAGGGUAUCCAGACGUGGAUCAGCGAGGUUGCUUGGCGUGACUUUUACAAGCACGUCCUGGUCCAUUGGCCAUUUGUCUGUAUGAACAAGCCGUUCAAGCCAGAGUAUUCCAACAUCUCGUGGUCCUACGAGGAGGACCACUUCCAGCGAUGGUGCGAGGGGCGAACGGGGUUCCCCAUUGUCGACGCUGCCAUGCGCCAGCUCAACCACGUGGGCUACAUGCACAACCGCUGCCGCAUGAUUGUCGCGUCGUUCCUGUCCAAGGACCUGCUGAUCGAUUGGCGGAAAGGCGAGCGAUACUUCAUGGAGCACCUCGUCGACGGCGACUUUGCCAGCAAUAACGGCGGCUGGGGUUUCAGUGCUAGCGUCGGCGUCGACCCGCAGCCGUACUUCCGCAUCUUCAACCCGCUGCUGCAGAGUGAAAAGUUCGACCCGUCCGGCAAGUACAUUCGAAAGUGGGUUCCAGAACUGAAGGACCUGGACGACAAAGAGAUUCACGAUCCGUACGGGCGUGGCGCCGGGGACAAGGCCAAGAAGAAGGGAUACCCGGAGCCGAUUGUUGAGCAUAAGCAAGUUCGCGAUCGGGCGCUGAGUGCGUACAAGGAAGGCAUCGAGAGUGGCAUGUGA